AGCACAUCCUUUGCCUUUGUAUACAUGGCCAUGUAUGGUCAUCUCAUUGAGCCGAGAGUUACUGAUGCAUGAAGUUCAUUCCUCACUUCUUUCUAUCAAUCAGCCUUCCCACUUUGGCUUCUUUUACACAACUGCCACAUUCCUCACCAUGCAUUGCACUUACCAACCUUGUGUCUCCGGAUUCGCUCCAUUAACAUCUCGGUAUUCCCAGUAUACUUAAACCCUACUUCACACAUAACGCUGGAUAUGUAUCACACAUACACGUUGUCACCCAUCAAACAUUUAUUCAUGCCACUUUCACCACCUUGGACUUCAUAACAGCCCGCACACUGUCGAGCAAUUAGCGUCCAGUGAUCGCUUGAAGUUCGAGGUACAUCCUAAACAUAUUAUUUCCCUUGGCACAAUAAUACCUCAGUGGGUUCAUCCUCUACGGCUACGGUGUCAAUUAUCUCAAUAUCUUUGUCAUAAAUGGCGAUUUGUGGUGCCUUUGUUUGGCAUGAUUUCUAGAGGGAUCUCACUGCUCUUCACACAUUACACCCACUCGUACUUUCCAUCUGACCCGUCUGAUCCAAAUGUUCACUUGAAUGCUGGCAAUUAUCUCAGCUCCAAUUUUGCCGACCUCGUCAAAAAAAUUCUUACCGGUAGAUACUGACACACAAUGGUGAACUCAGGCAGGACAUCAACCAAGACAACUCGUGAAACCCUAUCCCAUGCCCGAAGCACCGCGAUGCCGUCCUGGAGAAAUCACGAACCACACAAGUGGACAUUAUUGCGACAUAUGCAAUAGGAUGAAGAUGCCUUGGGAAGGAUUUCUACCAAUUGCUCGAUAUCAGGGUUUGCCUGUAUCCAUUGGAAGACCAGGUACAAUUUUACAAGCCGUUCAAGUUGAUAGUCCACGAGAGAUAGGUAUGGUGGCAUUCGCCACAUGGGCAAUCAACAAUAACCAAUGGGAUAAAGCUGUGCAGAUAGACAGUGGAAUUGAGCGGGGACGUGUAAAGGCUGCAGCUCAUGCCCUCACUGAUAUUUCUUACAUGGCGACACAAAAGCCCAAAUGGCGGAAAGCAAACUUAGGUAACUGGUGGAAUAUAUUACACGAAGCUCUCUUGGAUCCUGAACUGACAAUGGCCGAUUACAAAGCACGUAUUCGUGGUGAGGCAGCGCUAACAAGAUCCAAGACCAAGUCGAAAAGCAGCAGGCCAAUUGUUUUACCCGAUGUAGAAGACCAAGAACAACGGAAUGAGAACCUCGGUUAUGACGAUAUUGAUAAUAUACCUGAGGGCAAGAAGCUUUUGUUCUUUAGCCGUGAUAGAACGGAUGAUAAUGAUUUGGAGGGUGAUGACGACGAAGAAUAUGAGGAUGGAGCUCUUGGUUCGAAAAUCAAGCUUGAAAAAUUUCGUUGGCAAUUUGCCCCUGGCCAAGAUUUGGAGCCUGCUUAUUUGGCUAGUCCGGAUACAUCCAAAUUUUUCAUGGUCCGUCAGCUUCGAAAAGACCCAAACAAGAUCGACGUCAGAGAAUACCCUCAUAUAGCUGGUUUUGACUGGAAUGAUAAAGAAGCGGUAAAGGGUUUAAAUAGAGGAAGAAACCAGAUCAUCCUUCGAACUAAUGGUCCAAAGGCACCAGCUAGAUUGGCUUGGUCACAAAUGGAAAGGGAUCUCUUGCGCUACCAAGUAAUCAAGGGUCUCAAACAUGGCGUAAGUCCUCUCACUCUAGCCGAAGCCUAUUCUGCAUUGUCUUACAUCAAAUCUCCGCUGACUGUUCAAUUACAGUACACGAAAAAUAAUAUGCCAUGGGAUCAAGUUGCUCAUAAUAUCAAUGUCGAUUUGGAAAAAGUCACUCAAAGACAAGGCUCCGCCCUCGCCAGACCAAGCAAAUGGAACCCCAAGACAAAACAACAAGACUUCCACACAAAGAGACAUCUCAAAAUGCAAAAAGGCCGUACUGGUUCCGAGCGUAAUGCAACAGGCUGCAUGAAUCAGUCCAACAAAUUUGGUGACAUCGAUGCACUACUUCGAAACAGUGUAGAACAGCCGAACCGACGUAAGACUUUAAACGAGAUGCUUAAGAUAAUUCAUGAUGCCGAUCAUCUUCUCCCACUUCCCAAAGCUAUUUCUGCUCCUUGUGUAGCACAGGAUGAUGAAAUGCAAACGGAGGAUGGAAGAGGAUCUUCGGGCGAUGAAACUUCCUCCACGCAAAGUGAUAGAAUGCAGAGAGAUGGCGUCGAUGACUAUUCAGAUGAUGAGCCGCUCAUGAAGCGCAGGAAAUCAGUUCUUGUUGCUAAUAAUUUAUUGGGCAGUGAACCUCCCAUGACGCGCAGAAAGUCAGAAAAUGUGCAAUAAGUCCGGGCAUUCAUUACGGCACGGUUGAAGACCUUUUUCACUCCAUCUUAACUCCUUUUCAUGUUGGUGCAUUCGCAGUUCUUUCGGAUUUUCACCCGCAAAUCAUUUGUAAUAUUGGUAGCCUAAAGGUUCGCAUCAGUUCCCACCAAGAGCACCCGUGGCGACCUAGGUCUUCUAUUUCUUUGAUCCGAGGAAUCUUUGGUGUUUUGGGAGGGUCUUAUAUUUUCGGCGGCAGAAGCUUAAUUUCAGUACGAUAAACGGUGGUUUAAUGAUAGCCAGAUGGGGAUGUGUACAGACACGGAUGGUUGAGCGGCAGCCCAAAGCGAUUGGAUUCGUCAUUGAUGUUGUUGAAUUGCAUGUCUAGUUUUCGUUUUAUGUCGUUUGCACGUGUAUGCUGAGGAGUUUGGGUGGUCUUCCACAUGAUCACCGCGAGUGACAUCUAUUGAUAGGUUUAACAUUUCGAUUCCAAAUUAAGGAUUAAUUCUCUUGAGUUUUGUUUCAAUACCUUGAAAUAAACUGUG